UGGAGUGUAUAAAAGACAUUUACACCUGGGAGGAUAUAAGUAGGUCUCACUUGUUUCAGUAUCUUACUACCAUUUAACAUACAUCUACUCACCACACCACAUCAUGCUCCUUCCAUUCCUACUGAUGUUGCUCCUCUCUACCUUCGGCUUCACCAGAGGUGGUGUACCGCCAGCGAACGACUGCUUCGCCGACAACUUCCAAUGUGCCAACGGUAUCUGUAUUCCUAUGGACCGAGUGUGUGAUGGUGUUCUCAACUGUGUCACUGGUACUGAUGAGGACAACUGUAACUUUGAGAGCAAGAUGGGAGACUGCGCCGUCGGCUACUACCAAUGCGACGACGGCAUCUGUAUUCCUGACGACUAUGUGUGCGAUGGAGUCCUCAACUGUGUCACUGGUAUUGACGAGGCCAACUGCAGUUGUAAGUGUACACCUUGCUUGUUCAUCUCCCUUUGUACAGCCUGAUUCAUUUAAAGUCUU